AUGUCGCGCACUUCUACACAUCACUAUGUUUCCCUCCUAAUUCCUUCCUUCAAUGCACAUGCCGACGCCCUGGUAUUCCGUCCUUACAAUGGAAGAGACGAUGCCUGGGCCAGCGUCCCCAAUCGGGAACUUGAAGAGCGCAUAGCUGUUGCGCGAGCACACUGGGUGCCAGUCUUGGCUUCCUUGGAUAUUAGACCGUCCGAUGUUGUGGGCUUUUGGCUUACUGGAUCUAAGUUGUCCGAUCUCAUCAAUUCCAUUGCCGUGUCAGCUCUCGGGUAUACGCCACAGUUCUUCGGCGGAUACUUCGGCAACGUCUCUAUCGUCCUCGACCUCUUACUUAAGAGUGGCGGAAAGGCUCUCAUUGUAGAUGAGACCUAUCUGCCCGCCGCUUCCGCCGCAUCAGCUACCACUACCAUUAUUGUUUACCGCUCUUUGGAUUAUGAUGAGCUCUCGCAACUCGUUGUCAAGGUGCUCUCGGGUGGUCGAGCGCAAGAUCUCAAGCUCUCAGAACCCGAGGUCUCAGUUGGUCCAGACGACAUCGCAGUGCUCUUUCAUUCUUCAGGGACGACCGGUGGGCUUCCGAAGAUCAUUCCCAAUACGUUUGAUAAACUCGGGGCUGUGAAGACAAGGAUUAGAUCCGACUAG